UUUUGUGGCCACUACAGAGGAAAACUUCAUCCGUCCACCCCUUGUCGCGCGGAAUGGAACGCGCCCUACCUGGCGUUCUUUUUGAAAGGAACCAAUGAGGGAGUAGCUACCCUUUGGGCUACCGUGGGGUCGUCAGUGGUCGUCCUUGCUUUGUGGCGAGCAUGCAGCUGGAUCGUACGGCAAAGUUUUCUGGGUGGUCCGUGUGUUGCGAGCCGACAUGGCCACGAUAGGCCUCUCCAAGGUGUUCAUACUGGACAAGUACUUUGCUGAGUUGCAGAAGUUCUGGGAAACUGAGCGUAAGCUGCAGGAUGCGUCGUCCUCCAAUGAGGCGGUGCACUUGCAGCAGUGCCUAAAAACGCUCAGCUCGGAGUUGGUGACGUUAAGGCACAGAUUGCAUGCUGGUGAUGGGUCCACAAAUCCGCCUAACCUGUAUGCGCAACCUGAUACCUGCAAACUGGCGACUGUGCACCUGAAACCUGCCAUUUGUCCCGAGGUUCCUGACCUCAUCCACCUGCCUGGGCCGCUGACAGAGGAUGCCAUCCUCAGGACACUUCAUGCUCGCUUCUUCAAUCGAGAGUACUUUACCAAUGUUGGACCUAUCUUGGUGUGCGUCAACCCGUACCAAGACGUGGGAAAUCCCCUCACCCUCAGCAGUGCCAGUGCAGCUGCUGCACGCUGUCCUCAGCUCAGGCAUGUCGUCCAAGAGGCAGCACGACAGCAGAGCGACACGGGCUAUCCGCAAGCAAUCAUAUUGAGUGGUGAAAAUGGCAGUGGGAAGACAUACGCAUCGAUGCUGAUACUGCGGCAGCUCUUUGAUGUGGCUGGUGGAGGUUCCGAGACGGAUGCCUUCAAACACUUGGCAGCAGCAUUCACCGUACUCCGGUCCCUGGGCUGUGCGAAGACAACCGUCAAUGCCCAGUCUAGUCGCAUAGGUCACUUCAUAGAAGUGCAAGUUACUGGUGGAGCCUUGUACAGGACCAAAAUUCACUGUUAUUCUCUGGAUCAGACACGUGUAGUGCAGCCACUCCCAAAUGAGAAGAAUUACCACAUUUUUUAUCAGAUGCUGGCAGGAUUAAGCCAGGAAGAAAGAGCAAAACUGCACCUUAAGGGCUAUUCAGUGCAGAACCUUCGUUACCUAAGCCGGGGGGACACUUCACAAAAUGAAAGUGAAGAUGUCACUCGCUUUGAAGCGUGGAAGUCCUGCCUUUCUGUGCUGGGCAUCCCAUUCUCGGAUGUGGUGCGUGUGCUUGCUGCAGUGCUGCUUCUAGGCAACGUCCAGUUCACCCCAUCAGAGGGAGGCAGUGCUGAUGCAGUUGCAGAUCUUUUGGGCGUGUCAAGUGUUGCCCUCUUUCAAGGACUGACAACGAGAACACGACAAGUGCGAGGCCAGUUGGUGAAGACACCUAGCGAUCCCCACGUUGCAAGCCAGGUACGUGAUGCUCUGGCCAAAGCACUGUACUGUCGCACGGUGGCCACCAUUGUAAGACGAGCCAAUAGCCUCAAGCGAAUGGGUUCUGGAACCUUGAGUUCUGACUCCAAUGAAUCAGUUCAUAAUCAGAUGGACUCUGGCAGCCAGCAUGCAUCAACAGUGGGUUCGAGUGGUGCCAAGUCAUCAAAGUCCAUGACCGUUCUCAACUCUGCUGUCCGGCAUGCCACUGAUGGCUUCAUUGGCAUAUUGGACAUGUUCGGCUUUGAAGAUGUCAGGCCGAGCCAACUGGAGCAGUUGUGCAUCAACCUGUGUGCGGAGACGAUGCAGCACUUUUAUAACACCCACGUUUUCAAGAGCAGCUUAGAGGCUUGUCGAGAGGAAGGGGUUUUCACUGACCUGGAAGUAGACUAUGCCGACAACGUACCCUGCAUCGAUCUCAUCUCUUCAUUGAGAACUGGUCUCCUGAGUAUGGUGGACGUUGAAUGCUCGCUGCGUGGAACUCCAGAGUCUUAUGUCCAGAAAGUUCGCCUACAACACAAAACUAGUCCCAGGUUCUUUGACCCGAAGCCUCCAGAUGGGAGAACAUUUGGUAUUCGACACUAUGCAGGAAGUGUAAUAUAUGACACAAGCCAUUUCUUGGAGACCAAUCGGGACGUUGUGCCAGAUGAUAUUGUUUCUGUCUUCCAUAAGACCACCUGUACAUUUGGCUUUGCCACGCAUCUUUUUGGAAGUGAACUUAAAGCUCUGUUCGCAGAAGGGGCCACUGUGCCACGAGGGGUGUCAUUCAGGGUCUCUCCUGCUCCACACACCCAACUACAAAAUGGAGAUGAACCUGUGUCAACAUUGACGCAGGACUUUCAUUCUCGCCUGGACAACCUUUUGCGAACCUUGGUGCAUGCUAAGCCACACUUUGUACGCUGCAUCAAGGCAAACAAGCACGAGCAACCUGGUCAUUUUGAAAGGACGGUGGUGAUGAAGCAGCUCAGAGCCCUUCAAGUUCUGGAGACUGUCAACCUCAUGGCUGGAGGCCUUCCUCACCGAAUGCGCUUCAAGGCCUUCAAUGUGCGCUACCGCUUACUUGCCCCUUUCAAGUCACUUAAGAGGACUGAAGACAAGGCCGUCACGGACUGCAAGCUCAUCUUGGAAUACUUCCAGCAAGCCAUUGAGAAUGUGAAGCAUUCGAGUGCAGCUAUCAGCUGGGCUCUGGGCAAGAGACACAUCUUUUUGAGUGAGAAUGCUCGGCAACAGCUAGAAGCGCUACGGGGCAGGCGACGGCAGGCAGCUGCAACUCUCAUCCAGGCUGUGUGGCGUGGGUGGCACAGGCCUUCCCUGCAGCCUGUUCAUGCCAGGACAUGCGGUGGGCGGCCACGUCCACAGCCCAUCUCUGGUACUCCGCCACCUGACUUAGAGCGAUGUGAUCCUAAGACUAUUCGGCAGACAUGCUCCCUCUUUGGGCUGGACCUAGAGAGACCACCACCAGUACCACCAAGCCGCUCAUACACAGUCAGUGGAAACACCAAGCUGGGUUACCCACAGACGAGAGUCAUGAAGAUGAACUAUCCUGAAGACGCACAAGUGAAGCUGCUCAAAAGUGAAACAGUGCGGGUGCUGGGAGCGUCACCCAGGCGAGGACACCUUCUUGUGGAAUAUGAGGGACAAACGUACCAUGUGCCUUACCAGUUCCUUGAACUCAAGCCAGGUGGCGUCAGCAUAUGAUGUGGCCAAAUACCAAAUACCUUGUGCCUUAAUGAGGGUACACCCACUUGACAGAUACUCAGGUCUUUUAACAUGGUCGGUUUAAUGUUACUACUAAUUGGUGUCCUAUUUAAGGGCACCUGUCAAAUGAAGGAUUUUAUGUGUUCUCUGUUAUUGUUACGUCAAAAGUGUGCUUGUUGAGAAUCCUGUAUUUAUUUCUGGGCAUCUCAUGAUUCAGUAUUUAAUAGAGAAUGUAUCAGUUUGUACAUAAUGUUUGUCACUAUGGUCACAAUUCAGAAUGUGUCUCUACUUGGGACUCACUUAAGCUGUUACAAGUGUUGUUGUGUGGUUCAUUAGUAGUUGUAUCUUAUGCUAUUUGCACCUGUUGGAAAGAAUUUCCGCCUCCCACAUCACAAGGCAUAUGUGAUCAAAUCAUGUGAGCUGUGGCAUCUCAAGUGAUUUGAGCACUUGGGCAUGAGCUAUCAAGUCAGUGGGGAAAACCAUUAUAGGUUUGUAGGGGAGGGUGUACACAUGCAUGGACGCGGAUUCUCGUUUUGGUUCUAGAGUGAUACCACUUCCUUAUAUCGCAUGUCUCUGGCAAUGAACUUAAUCACUUGUACCAGCUGCCGUACUAGUGUAUGCACCCUCCCCUGCAGACAAAUAGUGGGUUGUCUGACUGGCUUCGCAUCUCGUCUCUAGAUGCUCAAAUUGCAUCGACGGCCACAGCCCACGUGUUGCAUGUAAUUCCCCGUGACACGACAAAUUGAAUGACAUUUGUUCCGUGUGGUAUUACAUGUGUGGACAUUUUAUACAGUGAAACUAAAUAGUAUUAUGUGUGAGUGGCAUUCGCCCAGCAAGAGUUGGAGGAGCUCAUUUGCUUCCCCCUCUCGCACCGACUGCAUACACGCGUCAGUAGAGAGGUAGCAAAAACAAUGAUAAACCAUUAGGAGAAAUUAAACACAAAUGAAAAGUUGACUCCGUAUAUUUUGUCACAAAUUUAAUAGCUUAUGACAUGCAGGAAAGUAGGAAGGAAGGCUUAACACAGCUUUUUCGGAGAACUACCCUCACUCUCGGUCGCUUCCCACACGAUUGGCACAUCUCAUACAGGAGUCUUGCUUGCCUCGCCUUGGCUUGGCUUGGCUUGUGAUACUUAGCCAACUGAGGUUUGCCCAAAACACAACGACGUUGUGAAGUAAUCUAAUGUUUUGCUAGUUAAAAAUAAGUAAAUAAAUAAUAUAAUGAAGAUAAAGGUGUUACCUACCCCAAUGUUGGACAAAGCAUUUUAAAAAAACAAGUACGAGAAAGAAGACUCAACACAAGCACUGAACUUGAACCCAGUGAAAGAUUUCUUAUACAUACGUAUACAGUGUUAGUGAGGGAUGUCCUGGGACACUGUAACCUGUGUUUUCUAAUAUAGAAAUUUUUGUAUACAACCUAGAAAAGAAACCGGAGGAACACUGACACACGUGCCCCUUCCUCACCUAUCAGUUGUGCUUUGUGCUUCCUUGUAGUACAGUAUUUCAAUGCUCUUCAUAUGUACCAACCAGCCCAAUUCAUUACCCUUACUCAUAAUGAAUGUACCCAUCUGUAGCUUCAUAUGUUUGGUUGGUAGUUAUAUAAUUUGCAAAUGACAUUAUUUUUCUUCAUGUAUCUCGAUGCAAUACAAACGAAUGCCAUUUGGUGAGACUGUCAUUAGCUGGGAAUGCCAUUCAAUUUGCCGUGUGACUGGGGUAUAAAAGUGAUUUGUGUUGUACAAGGCUACUUUAUGCGAACCUAACUAGCAAUAUAUGUGUACCUAAGCUACUUUUCUUGCUGUGGCUGUGUUUCAAAAAAUGUUAUGGCUAUGCGUUUGACAGAAAGCUGCAACAUCAUUGCAGCCGUAGUAAACCAUAUUUAGGGCCUUGUGUUUUAGGAUACAACUAACUGCUUUGCAAACUAACUUUGCAAAGUACUAAUUCAGCCAUCAGUACGGUCACUGCACACUUGACGUGUUCGUUCUCAAAUGCGAGAAGCACUGUUUCCUUUACUUUCCACCCAAUUGUACCAUGUUUUAUGGCACGUGAAAUAAAACACAACCUUCAUCCACCCACCCCAUUUUCAGAACAUCGGGAAUUUGCUGGGAAUUUUGAUACGACAGGAAAAGCAGGGGAUUGUUGUGGAAUUUGCCAAAAAGCAGCUGAAGUCAGGGAAGAUCUCAGACGUGACGAUGAAUGGUUGUGCGGCCACAUUGCCGUGAGUAGCAGUUUUGCAAAAUGACAAGCUCAGAGGCAGGAAAGUAGGGCAGCCGCAAUAGUACUUCAUAAGUGAUCUGCUUUUUGUGGGACGUGUAUUGGAACAUAGCAGUAGGAAGUUUUGGUCAGGGAAUUGUCUUGAAAUAGUCGGUGAAAACCUGGAGAAGUCGGGAUUUUGAAGGCUGCCAUUUGGUAGACACCCUGAAACCUGAAAACACAAGGCCCUAACUGUAUUACGUACUGUACUGCGUCAAGUGUUGUAACACAGAGUGUGCCGCAGUUGGAUAGUCUUUACACCCGUAUCUUUGUUCUAUAUCCAAAUAAUAACUGCUUGCCGUGCUGCAAACCAUGCUGCAAACUUUCAGUGUCUACAUGCAGGACUUGUUAAGUGUACAUUUCAUGGGCUCGCUGUACCAUCUGCUAGCACGUGGGUCAUUCCACAAGAACCGUCCCAACAUCGUGGCCCGACCCCCACGGACUUUGACAAUUUUUUUUUUCACUGCUUCGUAUCAUCGAAAUAUGAAUGUCAGAAAAAUAUUUCAGCGGAAUUCCACGCGGCUUUCACGCGAGGCGGCGCCAAAGUCUGUGGGAGGGCCAAAAAGUAGGGUGCGUUUAAUGUCUUCUCUGCAGGGAACGGCUCAAGCUAUUUGAGAUUUGUCAUUCCAGACUGGUCAGGAAGCUCUGCCCCUUAGUUCUAACUGAAAAAAUUCGAAUGACCAUGUGCCUUUAAGGCACGCCACAGGCUAUAACUGUUGCAUUUUUGUUGCAUGUUUGGCAUUUUUUCUCCGUUCACUGGAAGCACGCACAAGUAUGAAAUUUGGUGUCCUGAUAGAUGUAGAAAACAUGUAGAAAAAAUUUCAUUCCUUCAGUUAAAGGAGAAGGCUGCGAAAUAUGGCAGGCAAUAUGCAAAUUUUUGAAAAUUGCCAAUAUUGGAAGGAAUAAAAGGUGAAGUUGCCAUCGUGAUACCGACAUGCCGUCAAAGCUAAAAUGAAGCUCAGCCUGUUCACUUCAAAAUAUAAAAAAAUCUCCAGGUUGCUUUUUUAUAUUUUUUUGUAAUAAUUUUUCAAAUCUCUGUCUCUGAUGCAAGCGGGCGCACGCUCCGCGUGCCUACCCUCUUCAACUUGUAAGAUUUGAAACGCUACCAGUGUUUGUUUAUUUGUCCGAGACGUGCUGAUUUUGAUAUUGUCUGAGCAUGUGGGUAGAAAUUCUUAAUGCGACACGGAAAUUGCCUCCCCGCAAUAAAGCAGCAAAAGGGUAAUAAAAUCAGGUACGCUUU